GUCGCAGCAAUUGAACUUUCCUCUCCUCUUCAGACGACUUCUAUUUUUGACCAGCAAUCGUCUGGUUGACCUUUUCCUUUCCUCGGGGCGAUUGUUUUAAAAUUCAUUUAGGGAAUCCUUCAGAUAAUUUCUUUUCUAACUCUAGGAAGUGAAAAUGAAUUCGAAGGAACUACAAGAGAGCUGCAAGAAUGGUUUUCACAGAAUAAGAUGGAUGGUAGCUUUGAUUGUGAUUGUGGUGAGCUGGAGCCACCUGAUCAUUAACUAACAGCAUCUUUUGAAAACCAAGAGCUGCCUCUCCCUUGACGAACUAGACUGUAAACAAAAGGAAGGAAGGAAGAGGAGAAAAAAGUGCUAAGUAACACCAUAGAAUGAAGCUGCUCAGGACCAGUCCAACACUGAAUGUAUCUGCACUGUGAGGAGGAUGUUAAUAGAAGCCUAUUACGUGCAUAUUUAUUCACAUUUUUGUUAAAUGUUAACCAGUUUAGCACAGUAGAGCGGAGUGCAUAAUAUGUCACUUCAUUCCGUUUGAUUUAUUUGUAUUUCCUUUUAAUGUCUGCGGAUAUGCUGCACCUUUCUUGAACUAUGAAUGCUGCAACCUCUCUAUCUUUACUCAGAUUGACUUGUAGAGUGUGUAAAUUCUAAAUCUGAAGGGGACACAACAGGCCUGGCUGGCUAACAAUGCAACAAGAGUGUCAAGAAACUAUCGUGCAGUCAACCUGAAGUUUUUCUUCUCCUUUUCUGCAAGAUCCUUCAUAUACCAGUGGAAGCAUCUCUACAAGCUUGCAGAAGCUUGAUAGUUUUAAGAGGGAAAAAGAAGAGAACACACAGAAUUUCAAAAUGGCAGAGAAGUUUGAAAGCCUCAUGAACAUUCAUGGUUUUGAUGUAGGUUCUCGGUAUAUGGACUUAAAACCUCUGGGCUGUGGUGGCAACGGCUUAGUUUUUUCUGCUGUCGAUAAUGACUGUGAUAAAAGAGUGGCUGUCAAGAAAAUUGUCCUUACAGAUCCUCAGAGUGUUAAACAUGCUCUGCGCGAGAUCAAAAUUAUUAGAAGACUUGACCAUGAUAACAUUGUCAAAGUGUUUGAAAUCCUUGGUCCCAAUGGGAGUCAGUUGACAGAUGAUGUAGGCUCUCUUACAGAACUUAACUGUGUUUACAUUGUUCAAGAGUACAUGGAGACAGAUCUGGCUAACCUGGUGGAGCAGGGGCCCUUACUGGAAGAACAUGCCAGGCUCUUCAUGUACCAGCUGCUACGUGGGCUCAAAUACAUUCACUCUGCAAAUGUUCUGCACAGAGAUCUCAAACCAGCUAACCUGUUCAUCAAUACUGAAGAUUUGGUGCUGAAAAUUGGUGACUUCGGCCUUGCACGGAUCAUGGACCCUCAUUAUUCCCAUAAGGGCCAUCUUUCCGAAGGAUUGGUAACUAAAUGGUACAGAUCACCUCGCCUCUUGCUCUCGCCCAACAACUAUACUAAAGCCAUUGAUAUGUGGGCUGCAGGUUGCAUCUUUGCUGAAAUGCUGACAGGGAAAACUCUCUUUGCAGGCGCACAUGAACUUGAACAAAUGCAGCUGAUUUUAGAAUCAAUUCCUGUUGUGCAUGAGGAAGACCGUCAGGAACUUCUUAACGUCAUCCCAGUUUACAUUAAAAACGAUAUGACUGAGCCACACAAACCUUUAACUCAGCUCCUCCCAGGCAUUAGCCCCGAAGCACUGGACUUUCUGGAACAAAUACUGACCUUUAGUCCCAUGGAUCGAUUGACAGCAGAAGAAGCUUUGUCCCAUCCUUACAUGAGUAUUUACUCCUUCCCAACUGAUGAGCCCAUUUCAAGUCAUCCUUUUCACAUUGAAGACGAGGUAGAUGAUAUUCUGCUCAUGGAUGAGAGUCACAGCCACAUCUAUAAUUGGGAAAGAUAUCACGAGAGUCAGUUUUCAGACCACGACUGGCCUAUUCAUAACAACUUUGAAGCUGAUGAAGUUCAGCGUGAUCCAAGGGCUCUUUCUGAUGGAACUGAUGAGGAAGAAGUACAAGUAGACCCUCGCAAAUAUUUGGAUGGCGAUCGCGAAAAGUAUCUAGAGGAUCCAGCUUUUGAUACCCACUUCUCCACUGAGCCGUGUUGGCAAUAUCCAGAUCACCAUGAAAACAAGUAUUGUGAUCUGGAAUGUAGCCACACUUGUAAUUACAAAAUGAGGUCCUCUUCAUACCUAGAUAAUUUAGUCUGGAGAGAGAGUGAGGUGAACCAUUACUAUGAGCCCAAGCUUAUAAUAGAUCUUUCUAACUGGAAGGAGCAGAGUAAAGAGAAGUUAGACAAAAAAGGCAAGUCAAAAUGUGAAAGGAAUGGAUUGGUGAAAGCUCAGAUCGCUCUUGAGGAAGCCUCACAGCAGCUUGCAGAAAAGGAGAAGAAUCAAGGGUUUGACUUUGAUUCAUUUAUAGCAGGAACUAUUCAGCUUAGUUUGCAGCACGAGUCGACUGAUAUUGAUAAAUUAAAUGACCUGAAUAGCUCAGUCUCCCACCUAGAGUCGAAAGGCAUAUCGAAGUCGGUAAGCAGAGAGAAAAAGGAAAAAGGUAUGGCUAACUUGGCCCAGUUGGAGGCUCUGUACCAAAACUCAUGGGAUGGCCAGCUUGUGAGUGGUGGGGAGGAGUGCUUUCUCAUAGACCAGUUCUGUUGCGAAGUAAGGAAGGACGAGCAGAUAGAGAAGGAGUAUCCGUACACCAGUUACCUGGACAGGUUCUUUAGCAAGAAAGAAGAUACUGAAACGCUAGAAACUGAGCCAGUCGAAGAUGGGAAGCUUGGGGAGAAAGAAAGAGAGGGAAACUUCUUAAGUAAUAGCGGGGAAUUUCUCUUUAACAAGCAGCUCGAAGCUAUAGGUAUUCCUCAGUUUCACAGCCCCGUUGGCUCACCACUUAAAUCAAUACAGGCCACGCUAACGCCUUCUGCUAUGAAAUCAUCUCCUCAGAUUCCCCAUAAAACAUACAGCAGCAUUCUGAAACACCUAAACUAAACAGCAGACAUUUCUUUUUGUAUUCAUGAAAUGUGUGUUCUUUUUUAUUGUAAGUAAUUUUUUUACUUGAAAUCAAAUGAUGUAACUUUGGUAUGGAUUUCCUUAAUUUCCUGUUUACCAUUGUUUUUACAAUCCAGAAUUACUUUCUUUACAUGACAAUUCUUUUCUUUUUUUUAAACUGGCAUGUCGUUUGCACACAAAGGUAAAGAACAGAGCAAAACAAUGCAAGUUGCAGGAGGAAACAAGAAAAUGCACUAAACCAAGUAGAAACACUCUCAGUUUAAACCGUUCAUGCUUUGCAGAGAAAAAAUAACAAUCUUGCCUUGAUAAUUACACAGUGAGACUAUACAUAUUUGCAUGAAAAUAUCUAUUUUUUCCCUGAAAACAUUUUUCAUUCAUAUGUAUUUUAGAAUUUUUCAUACUGUACACAUUUCUUAGACACAUGAUACCAGCAGCAACUGUACAUGAAUGCAGAAUUUGGUACGCAUGUGUUAUCUACCUCAAGGUAACAGCAGUAUGUGGCAAAACAUUAACCACCCAUCGUGCUUUUCAUAAUGCACUUCUAUUUAGCCAGCAUUAUUGUAGUAGGUGGUAUUAUGGAGAAAAUCAUUCAAUAUUUAUAAAUAUUCUGGUAUGCAUUCUUUAUAGUGGAAAUGUUAAUAUGCAGCGUUUUUAUUUAUUUUAGCAAAUUAUAUUUUCUGUAAUGAUAGAAAGUCAAAUUUUUUUGAACUUACUUUACAGAUAAAGUUCUUGUUAGCACUAUGGUUUAUUGCCUACAUAGCUGAAAUAGAGACGAAAUAACAUCCCCUUAUUCUGAGGUGAUCCAUAUGAAUUUUUUAAAAGAGAUUUCACUUCAAGUAAGGCACUCACUGUGUAUAGGAAUUUGCAAUUUGGCGGUGCUUGAUCUCUCUACAAAGAAAUUAGGAAUUGUUUUAUUAUAAAAUGCUCCUAGAAGUCUUAAUUGUGUUAUUUUUUAAAAAAACAUUUUUUUGUAAUGUUCGUUGUGUGCAUGGAAACAAUUAAGGUACAACAUUACUGUAGGUUAAAAGUUCUAUAUGGUCAGGCAUUUUUGUUUUUACUGUAUGUUUUUACUGAAUGAUGCCCUUGCCUCAUCCCCAAAGCAAGCAUGAGUAUAAUUAGGUUAAAUGUAGCAUGUAGCAUCUCGGUCUUCUGACAGUUUGUUUUGCCUUCUGGGCUUUUGGGACGGGGUGGGGGGGUUGUUUUGGAAGCGAUGUACCAUUGGCUCCCCUGUUUUAAAGAAAGAUACAAAUAAAACAUGGCCAGAAAAAAAAUGACCCUUGUCUCUUGGAUAGCCUUGAGUAUUGCAAGGCAUCUACAGAAGUUUCAAGCCUGUUCUGAGAGCUUGAAAGUGAUGCUCGUGAUGGCUGAGGAACUAAAAUGGAAGUAUUUCCCUUGUGUGUAUUUCACAGUUGAAGCAUUCAGUGAAAGAUUUCAGAAUUGUCUGAAGGAGAAUUACAGUUCUGGCCUUGCCCCCAGUGAACAUUCUACCCUGCUCUUAAACAAAAACGCCCUGUAUUUUCACAUAUGGAAUGGACUUCUGUGUGUAAUGCAACCUCAAGUAAGGUGAAAGUAUAACCACCUGCAUUGCAACGCUCUUGCUAAACA